CAAGUAGGAAGUUGACAUCCCAGCUGCUGUACGCUGAAGUCUGAAGAUUAGUGGACAGUCCAGUUAGGAUGCUGACGUGUGUAUUUAAGUGAGUGAUUGACCAAUGCACACAGAAAUUACACAAGGUGGCUCCAUUCACUGUGAUCCAAUGCAAGCCACUGGAAGACGGUCUGAUGAGGAAACCAUGACAAACAAAUUUACGGUGUACACAGUGAUGUUGGGCACUGAAUGACGAGCUGAGAAAACCAUGACAAACAAACAAGUGACAGUGUCUGAUAUUAUAUAUGAUGGCAGCUUCUGCCUCUCACAGAAAGCAAAGGAGAAGUACUCCAAAUACUUCAAGUCAACGAAGAAAAAAGAUGAGCACUUUUUGACAGGUGCAGAAGUGGCCUUCAUAGUUAAAGACAAAAGACUCUCGAAGUUAGACUUGUUUCAGGUGUGGAAAUUUGCUGACGCUGACGAGGAUGGCCGUCUGUCCAUUGACGAGUUUUGUUUGGCAAUGGCUAUGAUUGACAUGCUGAAGGAACGGCGAGCUACGCCAGAUUUCACUGUUUUGAAGAAGAGUGGAUUGAGAGUGACAAUCCAGAUAGGGAACAUUGAGAAGGCCGAGAGUGAUAUGAUUGUGUGUGCCCUUCGCCAAGUUUCCAGAAUAUCUCUUGCUAGAGGUCUUUUGUCCACAUCCAUUUAUUUGGCUGGGGGUCUAGAGCUUCAAAAGACAUUAGACCGAAAGUAUCCAGAUGGACUUAAAGAUGGACAGAUUGUUGUCAUACCAGUGCAAGGUGACCUGAAAUGUUCCAGUGUGCUCUUUGGCACUAUUCCUGAGUAUACAGAGCCAAGCAAUUUAAAUGCUGUACACAAAUUCAUCAAUGAUUGUCUGCAGACAGCUUGUGACCAUGGGGCAAAGUCUAUAUCAUUCCCGUCGUUUGGAACGGGUGCACUUGGAUAUCAAAAAAUCGACAUAGCUAAUGUUCUGUUUGAAGCCCUUGCAAACUUUCCAAGCAGAAAAUCACUUGAAGAUGUAUUUCUUGUUAUUCACCGACAUGACAAGGCAUCACUUUGUGUAUUCAAAGAAGCCGAGCAGAGGCAUCUGGAUUUAGCAGAUGAAAAGCCUAGGAGUACAGCAUCUAAAACCGUUGAGCGGAAAGGGUUCUUUACCAGUGGGACGUCCUGCGCAUCUGUGGAAAAAAGGUUGGAAUAUGAAAAGAUUUUUAUGGAAUAUGCAGGCAAAAAUACCGCUUAUUCCAUGACAGGGAAAUGUCUGUCAAGUAUUCUGCUGCAGACAGGUGUGUGCAUCUAUGCUGUCCAGCAAAUCAUGGAAGUUCUCCACAAAACUGAUUAUAAUCAAGUACAUAUUGAGGAAUUUAUACAAGCUUAUGCACUACUGGACAAAGUAAGGGAAGGAUACUUACUGCCCGAUGUCUCUUUAUAUUUACCCUUCCUUAUAGGAAACGAAAUCAUUGACAAUAUUUUAAAUCAACAGCACAUCUUUGAUCCAAGAUAUUGCUUGAGCUGGUUCUACCCACGUGACAUGAAACUAGGGGCUGCUGAUGGGAUUUUGAAGAAAACAGGACGUCGAGAUGGAAGCUUCCUGGUUUGGAGAAGGAAGAAAGAUGAUUUUUACCACUUGGGCACAAUCUAUGGACAAAACACCUAUCACCUGCGGAUUGACAUCUCGUCUACAAACAUGUACAGUGUGAAGAGGAGUGGCAUAGCGUUUCAGCAGCUGGGCAGUUUGAUCAAACAUUAUAUGACCUACCCCUUACCGGAUCUACCUGCUGGUAACCUGAGGCUGAAAUACCCUAUUCCUGUCAACAUCCCAUCAACUAAAAGCUGGUUCUAUCCUAACAUUUCACCGACCUCCGCUAUAGUGCUGCUUCACAUGGCCGUCCCUUACCAUAGCUUCAUUGUUCGCUACUCGAUGGACACACCUGGAUGCUGUGCUCUCGUUAUAAGAACAAAAGAGUCGACUGUUCCUUUCAAGAUUAUACACAAGCACGGGUUCCACUGUCUACAGGGAGGGGAGGACACUGCUGAAAGGUUCCGUAACAUUGACACACUGGUGGAUUACUACCAUAGUAAUCCCAUCUACUACAGCUCUAGCAGACAGCCACUGUACUGCAAACCUGUUUUAAUCCAUCCCAAUACAUCUUCAUAUCUGCCUGUAUGUAGUCAUCACCCAAAGGCACCACUUGUGGAAGGAAACACUGAAGAUGAGCUUCUUUGUAUGGACUGUUCUGAAAAAGUACAAAGACAUUUCAUUGGGGAGGUGAAACUAGAGGAAUAUCGAGAGACUUUCCGCCGUCUGGACUCAGAGAGCUUGUCCAUUGGCCUUCUAACAGAGAGCAGUGUUAAAGCCUUCCUGUGUGACAAGGGUGUGUUAGAAGAUGCUCUGUCCAAAAUAUGGGAGCUCUCUGAUGUAGAUGGGGACACCUUCCUCAAUGAAGACGAGUUCUGCAUAGCCAUGUAUCUUGCAGAUUUAGCAUUGACACACAAAAUGUUACCACCAGGACUUCCUCCGACUCUAAAGCCACCGUUUGGUGCAAAAGAGGAGGAGGAUUUACCAGAGGAGAUCCUCCAGAUGGACCAGCGAUCCAUACAGCUUUACAGGGAGUGUUUGGAGGAGGAAGAGGAGGCGGACUAUCAUAUACGGGUGAUUGUGAUUGGUCAAACAGGGGUUGGCAAGACGACACUCACCCGCAAUCUUCUGAGACUGCCGCGAAUCAGACCCCAGGCGAAAAUACUGAGCACUGACGGAGUUGAUAUCCACAGCAGUUUUGUGUCCCUCCACGAUAAUAGCUGGGUCACCGAUGACACUGAAAUGCGAAAAGCAAGUAAAACCCGUGAUGCAAAACUGAUCAAGUUAUUGCAGAGCUCCAAUUCUCUUAAAAAUGAAAUAUCAGCUAUUUCUGGGGAGGCAGAUCCAAAGACAGCGGAUGAUCAUGACAACUCAGGGGAUGAUUCAUCGGACCAGACAUUUACGCCAAAAGAAUAUGCUUCAAAAUCUGAUGAUGUCAGCUUCAGUCUUGAUGAAUCUGACAAUGAUGCUCCUACAAAGAUGGGUACUGAAGCUUUCUCCCCUUCACAAAUCUUCACCAAAACAGAUUCAUUCUUGUCAUGCAAAGAGUUUUUGCAAACGGUUCGUGCUUUUGAGAAAGCAAAAUUCGAGCCUAGUGCUAGUGAUGAAGGUCAGACAGAAGGUCAGACAGGAGACGAUCCUUUCCUCAAGACCGUGAGAGAUCUGGUAAUGUCUCAGAAAGAUUCCAUAGCAGAUCUUGAUGAUAUGAACUAUGGAGAGUUGUCCGUAUGGGACUUUGCAGGACAGUUUGUAUUUUACACGACCCACCACACAUUCCUGACCCCCAGGGCUGUGUAUCUACUGGUCACCAGGCUUGACCAAAGCCUCACUGACAUUAUUGAUAAUGACCAAUGCUUUUUAGAUGCCACUGGGUGCAAGGAAAUGAAAAUUGGAGAUUUGGUGUCGUACUGGAUGAACUCUGUCCACACAUACAGCCAUAGUGUAGAUCAUCUGCCACCUGUGAUACUUGUUGGAACACACCUGGACAAGGUUGAGGGAGACACUGAAAAAAAGACAAAAUACUACUUUGAAGAACUAAGGAAAUCUCUGUUGAAUAAGCCCACUUCUCGUCACCUGAUUGAUAGAGACUACACAGUUUCAAGCACACCUGAUGAACAGGAAAUUGAAAGCCUUCGACAGAAAAUUGUCGAACUUGCAUCCAAGCAAAAAUACUGGGGAGAAAAGAUUCCGGCCAGAUGGAUUGCUCUGGAAAAAGCAAUGAUGGAGCAAAAGCUUAAAGGGGUCAGUGUUAUGCCCUAUGAAGAGGUUGUAGAGCUAGACAAAAGUACUGGAGUUCCAAUCAAUGACAAGGAGAAACUAGAUCUGUUCCUCCGAUUCCAGCAUGCCAUAGGGAAUAUGAUUUACUUCAGUGAAGGUUGUCUGCGGGAUCACAUAGUUCUCAACCCACAGUGGUUGAUAGACGCAUUCAAAUGUAUCAUCACAGCCCGACAAUUCUGCAUCAAUAACCCAGCUCUGGUGCAGCACUGGGAUGACCUCAACAGCACUGGAAGGCUUCAUCAGUGCAUGGUGGAGGGAAUUUUCAGAAAGGAGGACAGAUUCUGUCUGCACAAGGUGCAUAUACUGGGUCUGAUGGAACGUCUUGACAUCCUUAGUCGCCCCUUUGUGUACCAAGAUGCUGACACAAGUCAGCCAACGUUGCAAGAAUUCUACUUUGUGCCAUCUUUGCUGCAAGGCAAAUUUACAGAAUGCCAAAUGAACGACUUUGUUCCUUGCACGAACAGAACCCCAUUCUUGUGUUAUGUCUUCAAGAACAAUUUCCUGCCACCUGCUGUGUUCCAUCGUCUCCUUGCUGCCUGUCUGUCCAAAUACCCAGUCGCUAAACAGGGAUCCAAGUACCUGAUGUUCUGUGGAUGUGGGAUCUUCGAUUUGAAUCGUGGCCUGACACGUCUAGUGGUGACUUUUUAUGACAACAUCAUCCAAAUAGGGCUUUUCAGAUUCAGCGCAAAAUCUUCACCAGAAUCUUCUAUGUGUGUUUCUGUACGAAAGUUUGUGACGGAGACCUUGAAGCGUGUUCUUGGCCGAUACUGCAUGAACCUGCCAUUCACACUGAGUUUGAAAUGUGAGGAAGGUCGUCUUCUGUCCCACGAGGGCAUGCUGCCUGUGGAGGAUCUAACAUCUGGAGGGGAAGAGGUGGCGUGUCAUGGCCAUGACAGAAGCCACACCAUCAACAGACAGCGCCACCUACAGGCAUGGUACCCUGAUGAGAUACAAGCGACAGACAUCAAUCCAGAAAGCAAAGGAGACCAAUUAAUGUGUCUCAACUUUGGACAGCUGAAUGCUAUUCCAGAUGAUCUGGAACUCACUCGAAUAUCAGCAAAAAUUGGCAAAGAAUUUGAAACUCUUGCUCGUUAUCUUGGAAUUGACGAUGCUGAAAUCUUCCAGAUUCGAUCAGAUCACCAACUUGAUACCAGAUCACAGAUCUACCACACGCUAGUCCGAUGGAAACAGAAAUCAGGAAGACAUGCUACUUACCAUUGUUUGGCGGAAGCUUUUAAAAAUUCUGACAUCAGUGUUGAAAUUCUGUCCAGACCAUAAUUUUCUAAUGCCUUAUCAUAGUGCUUUGUUUCCCGAGUUACCUGUAACAAUAGAAAUGUGUAUUAUAGGACCAUAACAAUAUUUGCUAAAAUAUUCAUCAUUUAUAUUUACAUUUUGAUAGUGUAGUUACACUUUAUUUGUUAAUUUCGAAUAGUUCUUUGAACAGAAAACUAAGUCUUGACAACAAUGAAAUUGAUGACAUCACAAAGAUAUUGAUGAUGUUACGAUAGCAAAUGUUGUUAUAGUCUCGCAACAACAUUUGCCUUCUCAUUUCUCAAUGCAUUGCAGUGGAAAGAUGUAGAGCAAUGGUAAGUAUUAGAGGUUUGAAUGGAUAUAGAAAUGUAAAUUUAUAACAUCAAAGAUUCACUUAUGGAAAAGGGUGAUAUAUAGCAGUGGUUAAAGUCGCUAGUCAAAAAGAAUUAGACAACUGAGCAAUAUGGUGCUAUUGAUCAGGGUUAAUCCUUCAACCCUAUGUAACUUUAGUAAACUCUUCCAUGCUUUUAUCUGGAUGAGUCCAUUAUGGUCUACAGUGGUGAAAGGGUUAACAUGUAAAUGUGACUCAUGAUAUAGACAUGUAGAAAUGAUAUGGUAAUACUAACAUAAAAGAGACGUUUUAGAAUUGAAACUAUUAGUGCGUCAUUAAUGAUGCCUGUGAUAUUUGUUUGUUGAUGACACUUUGUGGCCAUUCUAAGCAGCUGAUUUCAUACGUUGUUAAAAACAAUGUUGUUGUUUAGAUUGCCGAUUCAAGAUAUUACAUACUUUGUAUAGACAAUGGAGUGUUACACUACUUAUAAUUAUAACCUCAUCAAAGUGAGUUACUUUGCUUGAGUUGAUCUCAAUGGAGGCGGACUGUCAAUGACACCAAAGUGGCCCAGUAGUUUCUCUGCCUUCUCGUCAAUAAACCUACCCUGAUGUUGGGGUUGAAUUGUUUUAUACUGCGAUAUGUUCAAUACUUACCCUGAUGUUGGGGUUGAAUUGUUUUAUACUGCGAUAGGUUCAAUACUUACCCUGAUGUUGGGGUUGAAUUGUUUUAUACUGCGAUAU